UCAGGUUCCUCGAUCUCAUCCCCCAGUUCGAGAGGAGAUAACGUCAGACGCGACCAACCUCCGCUCUCCAGCGAGACAUGGAGAGUAUAACGGUAACCCCAAAACCGCAUCUCUCGUCCUCCCUCCUCCAAUCCAAGCCCUUCCUCCUCCUCCUCUCUGCCCCUCGGCGGAGCUUUGCCGCUGGCGGUGGAGGUGGUGGCGGAAGAGGGUCGGGUCGGAUUAGCGUUAGGGUCGUGGGGUAUAUGGAGAAGAAUCCCAACUCAGUCGGGGGGUUUGCGAGCAAGCUCGUCGGGUCGCUUCCCGUAGUGGGGCUCCUGGCGAGGAUCUUCAGCGACGAAGGGGGGGUCGGCGGCGACAUCGUGGACUUCGCCGAGUUCCGGCGGCGGGUCGGCAAGAAGUGCAGCAUCACCGACUCCCGCGCCUUCUACGAGUUCCAGGACCGACGUGGCCGGGCAGGGGAUCCAUUAUAUGUCCUUUUGUGCUGCUGGUUGGCUGCUGUUGGUGCCGGCCUGUUAAAGUCUGAAGAAAUAUUGGAAGGAGUAGCCAGGCUUCGUAUUUCCAAUGAUAUCGAGUUUGAAGAGGAGACAUUCUUUGCUACAAUGUCUGCUGCAAAGGAGAGACGAGCAGAGGUAAAGGCUGCAAUUCCAGAAAUUCCAAUGGAGAUCAGAGUGGAGAAAGCUCUGGAGGCCAUAUAUGUGUGCUGCUUUGGCAAAGAUCCCAUAGAAGAAGAGGAUCAGAGAUUACUUGUCAUUAUGCUGAAUGCAGUUUUCGCUUCAGUUGGGAAAUCUGAGAUAGAUAGGAUAGUAAGUUCUAUGGCAAAACAAAUUGCUGCAGGUGAGAGAAGAAGCUAUCCAGAGCAAAAACCUCUGUCCAAAGAAGCUGUACAGCGGCAAAUGAAGGACCUCGAGCUCUUGAAACAGAAAAGAAAAAACUCAAGUUGACCUUCUUGUAUGCAGAACUUUUGUCUGUUGGUGCAUAAGAAAAUUUUAUCUGGUGGUCUACAUGAUGCUUUCUUUGUUAUCCUAAGAAAAAUGAAUAAAAAAGCUAAGAUUGAUUCAGAG